CUGUACUCGCCAUACACUUGCUAGGGUGCUGUCAGUAAGUAACCUUCCGUGGUUGUGCCGCUUGCUGUCAAACUGAGCAAGAUCUUAACCGAAAACAGCGAAAGAACCUCUACAAAAACUGCCUCAGGAGCAGUGAAGGGUCUUCAUGGCAGUUCGAAGAGGACACAUUAGGUACUUAAAAGAGGUGUAUGACAUGUCAAACGGUUAUGAGGACCACAUGGGAGGGGACGAGGGGAAGGAUGCCAAGACCAACUUGAUAGUGAACUACCUGCCCCAGAGCAUGACCCAGGACGAGCUGCGCAGCCUGUUCUGCAGCAUCGGAGAGGUGGAGUCAGCCAAGCUCAUAAGAGACAAAGUAGCAGGCCACAGUUUAGGGUACGGAUUUGUUAACUAUCUUAACCCUAGUGAUGCAGAAAGAGCUAUCAGUACUCUGAAUGGACUAAGACUACAGUCUAAAACUAUCAAGGUGUCGUACGCGAGGCCCAGCUCUGACACCAUCAAAGACGCUAACCUGUACAUCAGUGGCCUUCCUAAGACAAUGACCCAGAAGGAUGUGGAGGACAUGUUUGCCCGCUAUGGACGCAUCAUCAACUCCCGUGUGCUGGUGGACCAGGCCUCAGGUGGGGCAGGAGAUGGUCUGUCUCGGGGUGUGGCGUUCAUUCGUUUUGACAAAAGGGCAGAGGCUGAGGACGCCAUCAAAGACCUGAACGGUCAGAAGCCCCCUGGGGCCUCUGAGGCAAUUACCGUCAAGUUUGCUGCCAGCCCCAACCAGGCCAAGAACACCCAGCUGAUCUCCCAGCUCUACCACAACCAGUCUAGACGCUUUGGGGGCCCAGUGCACCAUCAAGCUCAGAGGUUCAGGUUCUCUCCAAUGAGCGUGGACCACAUGAGCGGCAUGUCUGGCGUGAGCGUGCCCAGCAGCGCGUCCUCCGGCUGGUGCAUCUUCAUCUACAACCUGGGCCAGGACGCGGACGAGGGCAUCCUGUGGCAGAUGUUUGGGCCAUUUGGCGCUGUUACCAACGUCAAAGUCAUCCGAGACUUCAACACCAACAAGUGCAAGGGCUUUGGCUUCGUCACCAUGACAAACUACGAGGAGGCAGCCAUGGCCAUCGCCAGCCUUAACGGCUAUCGGCUUGGAGACAAGAUCUUGCAGGUGUCCUUCAAGACCAGCAAAGGCCACAAGUAGAGCGGGGUGGGGAGGGGUGAGGGAGGGAGAGCGAACAAGAGAGAGAUGGGUGCCACCGGGCGUUUAUUGCAGAGAGUAGGACUUAAGUUGUCAGAACAACUUGUUUAAGCAUAUUCUAACUCUGAGCUGAUUUCCAGUCAUUGCAUCUUUGUACUAGUCAAAAAAUGUAUAGACAUGACAGAUUUUCUUCUUUGUUUUUACACUUAUAAGGGGGGUUGGGGGUGUAUCCCAUGCUGACCAAUUUCACAUUUUAAGAAUGAGUACAUAUUUAUGUAAGUGAGGCUAGAUUAUUGUCUUUGCCAUACGUUUGCAUGGUGGAUUAUCAUUUUGUAAGAGUCCCUCUAGCCAGUGUGACGGUGAAUACAAUACAAUUCAGUUUCUCAAACAUCUCAGUUAGGUUGAUUGGCAGCAUUUCACACACUAAAUUAUGCUUGUUCAUCUGUCCGUUUCCGGAGAAGGAAUUCAAAGCAUUUCUUUACCAGGAAGCAAGCAGCAUUUCUUUACCAGGAAGCAAGCAGCGGGAUGAUAUCCCCCUGAACUAAAGUACAGGAAAGCUUUGCUUUGUGCCAGGAUUGGACUCCAGUGUAGAAAUAGAUGCCUUAAUUGAUCAUCAGCUCCACCACCCUGUCACUCACUGUGUCUGCAGUGAUUCUGAGAGCAAAGCACUUUUUAAUCGUUUUGUUUUUUUUAGGGUAGCGUGUCAGUAGUUUUGAUGUAGUCAUCAGUCACUGAUUGGCUAAUGCAGGGGGCAUCCAAGUUUUAAAAACAUCAGUGUUGGCAUUGGGGGGGAAAGCAUGUCUGUGUGUCUACCAGUAAGGGGAAACUCCUAAAAACUGUCCUGUUUAAGGACCUGGAAGUACGAGGUGAGAAUAAAAGAGAUGGACCAAAGAGAUUGGAGGAUAUUAUAAAGUAUACCCCCCCCCCCCCCUUUCAUUAGUAAAGUAAACACUGAAAUAUUGGUCUUCCACUUCUAAUUCUUCUCCCCCCCUUUUGAAGAGAAUGUCAGAAGAGGUACUAAAACUGAUGUCACAGACCUGAGAGCAACUGCGCUUCAAAAACAAUUUCUUUUUCUUUUUAUGGCUUUGUUUUCUUUUUGAAAGAAACAUUUAUUUUCAAGAAGUAAAGAUGGGUAAAUGUGAUAUUGUGCUAAUGAUUGAGUUGAGGGAGAAUUAAUGGCCUUUGAUCCUUUUUGUUUUUAGUUUAGUUUUUGCUUAUUUUCCUCCUUUUUGUUUCGAUUUGAAUAUGUGAUCAUUAAAUUUUAUUUCGUUUUGCCGAACUUUCAGUUUUGUUUCAUUUCUUUUAUUUACUAACAAAUUUAGUUUUAAAUUUUUAUUUUCAUCUUGAUUUAGGCUCUGAAGAAUGCUACUCGUGGUAGAACCCCACUCUGCAGCCAGGAUGAAAGCGUUUCUGAACAGCCAAUGUAUAAUUGUAAUGUAUUUCAGUACAGGUUUCUGGAUAUAGUUGGCAAUGUAUCAGACAGUAUUGGAGCAGGAAGUUUUGGACCAGAACACUGGCCAGCUUGUAGAUAGAAUAGAUGGUUCUUUUUUGUCCUUUUUCACGACAGUUUGUUACCACAGUUUGUACUGAGCCUCAGAUAAAGAUGUAUAUUACACCAAUACAACUACAUGACACAUACUUAUUGUUAUACUUAGUGUUAACAGUGAACCUUUCCACAUGCUAAAUGCCAGGGUGUUUAUGACGCUAUGGGAGAGGGAACUAAGGCCAGAGAUCUGUAACUGGGACCUGAGGCAAGCGGUAUGAAGAAUGGGUUGAGUGGGUGCCUGGGGCCAUGUGCAAUGGUACGUACUCUACGUGUUCUGGUUAACUGUUUAAGUUAGUGGGGAGGCCAAUCAUUUUGGAGGCAUUGUGUGUGAUACGUAUAAGUUUGUAUGGUAACAUUAUAGCUGAGGUCUCUAGAACCCAUGCUUAUUAAGGCAAACACUUGGACCAAACAGAACUACUCUCAGUGGACAUGCACAGACCAAUCAGUAGCUUUCUGUCCAUAAAUUUCUUACUUAUAUUGGUCCAAUACACUAUAAUAACUCCUUUUGGAUUUUUAAGGAAUAUUCUUCAUUGGCCAAAAAGAUGGAAGUGGAGUUGAAGGGUGUUCUUGUGGUUGGUGCAUUUUUUUCCCUCCCAAUAACUCCUGCUGACUGACCUGGUAUAGCAACGUGUGGAACACAAGUUUUAACUGGUUCCCAGGCUGAUGACAGUAAUGUGUAGGUUUUGGAGAUUAAUUAUCCUUUUAAUUAUUUUAUCACAGACAACCGUCCCUCCCGUUAUAUCUUGAUGAUUGGACACUUCUUGUUGGCUGUCAUUUAGAUGCGUUUUUUUAAAGAUGCGUAAAGGGUUUUCAGUCUCUCGUUCAAGUCAACCAUCUAUACUGUUGCUUCCCCCCCACCAGUGCACUUUUGCUCUCACAGCGGCCUUGCCUGUCUAACACCUGUUUGACUAACAGCCACACACAUACGAGGAGCAGAUAGACCAGUGCAUCCUUUUUUAUUGUACAUGUUUUAGGGAGCGAUAUGUAAAAUUUUAUGACCCAAACAUUUCACACUCCAGUAUGUUGUUAUUCAUGCUGUGAUUAAUUUUGUUUUUACAGAUGACAAUAUCCACCACAUUACUUCUUAUUGUUGGCCUGUAGGCCUAAAAUUAAUAUUGAAUACAGAAUGUGAUAUUUAAGGAAAUAAUGUUUUUUUCAUGUAAAUUCCCUCCCUCACAAUAAAAACAGGUCAGGUACGAGAAAUGUCUAAUCGUAUGUUUUACUCACAUCCUUUUGAUAUCCUUUUUUUCAUUGAGCAGUUCCAACACACUGCCUCUCCUCAGACACCAGUGUGAAUAGAUCCUUGAGGGUGAACGAGACUCCUAGUUGAACUAAUACCUUGUUUUCCAGCCUUAAUUUAUGUUUGAUAUUGGAGGCCGCCAUGUCAGCAGAGGCACUUGGAUAUAAUUUAUUUCACUAGUUUUAUGACAUAGUACUACACGUUUGUACUAAUGUUGGGAGUGUUUUACCUUUUUGUUUAGUUUUUUGCUGUUGCUUUUUGUUUCAAACAAACCAAUGUAUAUGUUCAAUAACUAACAUUAUUUUUAAUAAAAUGAGAAAUGCCUUCA